CAAUCCCAGGCGGCCCGCAGCUUCAUUAAGCGGCUAGAUUAGGGUUUAACAAAUUUCUUGAAGAAGAAUCCACAGUACGUCCUACUAAACCCCGGUCUCUCUCUCGGUGCAAUUAUCAUCGAUCGAUAAGCGUCAAAUAAUGGGCAGCAACCAAGCAGCGGUUUCAUUCCUUACCAACAUAGCACGCGCCGCCUUCAGCCUCGGAGUGGGCGCCACCGUCCUCAAUUCAUCACUCUACACCGUAGACGGUGGCCAACGCGCCGUCCUAUUCGAUCGAUUUCGCGGUGUGAUCGAUGAAACUGUAGGCGAAGGUACUCACUUCCUGAUUCCAUGGCUCCAGAAGCCGUAUAUUUUCGAUAUUCGUACUCGUCCACAUACCUUCUCUUCCAUUUCCGGCACUAAGGAUCUCCAGAUGGUUAAUCUCACCCUCCGAGUCCUCUCUCGGCCUGAGGUUAAUCGCCUCCCGAACAUUUUCAAAACCCUAGGUCUGGAGUAUGAUGAGAAGGUUCUCCCUUCGAUUGGAAAUGAAGUGCUUAAAGCUGUUGUUGCGCAAUUUAAUGCGGAUCAGUUGCUCACCGAGCGUCCUCACGUGUCCGCCCUCGUUCGUGAGAGCCUGAUUCGCAGGGCAAAGGAUUUCAACAUUUUGUUGGAUGAUGUGGCUAUUACUCACUUGUCCUACGGUGCGGAGUUCUCCAGGGCCGUGGAGCAGAAGCAGGUCGCUCAGCAGGAGGCGGAGAGGUCCAAAUUCGUGGUGGCCAAGGCAGAACAAGAGCGAAGGGCUGCAAUUAUUAGGGCUGAGGGAGAAAGUGAGUCUGCCAAACUGAUUUCUGAUGCGACUGCGGCUGCUGGAAUGGGCCUGAUCGAGCUAAGGAGGAUUGAGGCGUCAAGGGAGAACACAGCUACCAUGUCCAAGAAUCCUAAUGUGAUGUACCUGCCCAAUGGAAACAACAUGCUUCUUGGUCUCAAUGCUGGCCGCUGAAUAUCAGGGCUCUAAUGGGUUGCAAAAACUCGGUGUGAUUUUUGGCUAUUUGUUUGACUUUUUACUACCGGAUAUUUCUUUGUACUGGCUUGAUCUUUUGUCGUAGGGAACGAUUUUAUAAGUUAUGAUCUAUAUUCAUGAAAAUUAAAGCUGUUGAGGACUUCUCUCUCAUUUCAAGUUCAACUGCCAACCUAGAUAGAAGAGACUGUUCUUUUCAUCUUCCUCUGCCCCAUUUUGUUGGGAUGCAUUAAGAUGACUUUCUGCAAUUGAUGUCAUGCCUUGCACUGUAAUUCCAGUACUACGCGAAAAACAGUAACAAAUUUAAAUGUUUAUGAAACCAUGUUGCAAAACAAACUUUUUCUU